GACUUCUAGAGAAAUGGUAGUUAGCGUAAAGUUCGUUCGGGUAGCGCGUUUUUAUAAAAUCAAAAUUUACACAUAUUUCGACAAUAUAGAGUGCCAAUGAUGUUAGUUUUUAAAAUAAAAUUUUGCAUAACUAACUAUUUAAUUUUUUUUAAGUAUAGAAUUUUCCAAAGAAAAAAUAAAUGCAAUUUGAAAAUAUAAUUAAUAUUUUUUAUAUACUGCGGCAUCUAGUGUGCAAAUAAAACAAGUCUAUGAAUUUUGACUAUGUAUAUUACGAAAAGAGUGCUAUAAAUAUCAAGCAACAAUUAUUAAGUUAACAAACAAUUCGUUUUGUUUUGACAAAUAGAUGUCGGUAGCGUUAAUAACUAUUUCUCAUAGCGCAUGUUCAAUACAUUUUCCAAUGUCAAAAAUCCCAUAAAUCCUCGAUUUGUAUUAGUGUGGCAUCGCCGUGUUCUUAUGUUUUACUUGACAUUUUAUUGACAACUGUCAAAUACUCUCACGCUCUUGUUCUGCUCUCUGUUUUAUUCGUUUAUUAAAAUUCGGUCGUUUUGCUUGUGAUUUGUGAAAAAAGUAAAAAAAAAUAAGAAGUGGAAUCAAUUUAAGUUAGAUUUUAUUCAAAUUGAAUAAAAUUCAUGAUUAUUUAUGUUAAAAGUAAUUCAGAAUCAAAUGGUUUAAAUUUAGAAAAUGUAUUGAAAACAAGCAAACAUCCAGUAGAGUGUUAGAAAAUAAAUCUGUGUUUAUGGGCUAACGCCCCCAGUGCUGCUGCCGCCACUAAACGACCAGAAGAAGAAGAUGUUUCGAAAGUAUAGAAAUUUCUUCUUCUGCUAAGGAAAGCGAAAAAACCAAAGAAAAUUAUAUUCAGUGGUGGAGGUACAUCAAUGUUCUUUUUCCUUGGAAAAAUAAAGUGUUUAAAUACAAAAACAAAAAUCUUGUUAAAAAAUGUGCAAUAUUUGGAAUAGAUACAAAAAAACACAACAACUAUGUUUCCGAAGUUUCCUGCUUUUCUUUAAUUGCUGGAAAAUAUUACGGAUGCCACAAAAUGUUUGGCAUCCCUUAGACGCAAGUAGUAAAAUAUAAAUUGUUCACAAGAAAUAUAUUUAGAAAAAAAGAAAAUAAAUGAAAUAGUUUUAACAAAAAUAAUUAUAAUAAAAAACAAGAAUAAAACAUAAUCAAACCAAUGACAGGCUCCUGUCGCAUACGCAGCAGUGACAAAUAGUUGUUAACCCUUCAAAACCGUGUUAAUGUGCACUCGUCCCACCUUCACUGGCACCUCCUCACCACCACCCUACAACCACUACAACUAUUUUUACAACUACUACUCCUCAAAAAUAUAUAACGACUGACUCUGUAGCUGCUACUCCUACUACAGCAAUUACGAAUCGAAACUUUACCUUUUUAAUACCACUCACCUACAAACAUAUAAACAAACACACAACAACUCACCUAAUUUAGAACAACUGUGCAACAACAAAACCAAAUAUAAAAGAAAAAAGAAAACGUAAUAAUAACAGCUAAAGUGUAGAAAGAAUUUAAAUAAAAUAAUUAAAACAAAUUAAAAAAGGACAAAAUGCAAGCUAAAAAACGUUACAUUCUAGUGUUUGUAUCCUGCGCAUUUCUGGCGUACUGUUAUUUUGGUGGUUACCGGCUGAAAAAUGCAGCUCAUCGUCGUCGCGGUUCUUCAUCUUCAGCUUCAGUCGAAGGUGACAGCGAGUCCCUGGAUCAUUUGCCCAGUUAUCUUUCUAAUGAGGCGGUAAAGGACUAUUUACACUCUAUUGGCCCAGAAGUGGCGGAAAAAAUAUCUAAAUCACGAACGGGAUCAGAAAAGUUGCCAGCAUCCGGUGAUCAAGCACCUGCGAAUGCAAUAGCAACAUCGUUGACAGCACACUCCUGUCGCAUGGAAACAUGUUUCGAUUUUAGCAAAUGCUAUAAUGAGUUUCUUAUUUAUGUCUAUCCACCCGAACCGCUUAAUUCACUGGGUGCUGCUCCACCAAUUUCUCCCAAUUACCAAAAGAUCAUUACCGCCAUACAAGAGUCACGCUAUUAUACGCCAGAUCCGGAACGGGCUUGUCUUUUCGUGUUAGGCAUCGAUACAUUGGAUCGCGAUUCGCUAUCAGAGGAUUACGUGCGUAAUGUACCGUCUCGUUUGGCUCGUCUACCUCAUUGGAACAACGGUCGUAAUCAUGUUAUAUUUAAUUUGUACUCGGGCACAUGGCCCGACUACGUUGAACAUUCGCUUGGAUUCGAUACGGGCGAUGCGAUUUUAGCGAAGGCCAGCAUGAGUGUACAACAGAUGCGACCAGGUUUCGAUAUAAGCAUUCCAUUGUUUCAUAAGCAAUUUCCGUUACGCGCCGGUUCUACAGGUCUGGCAUCGUCCAUGCAUUUUCCAUCAAACAAAAAGUAUCUGUUGGCUUUUAAAGGCAAACGGUACGUGCAUGGCAUUGGCUCUGAGACACGUAAUUCUCUAUUCCAUUUGCAUAAUGGUCGUGAUAUUAUUUUGGUCACAACAUGUCGUCAUGGUAAAAGUUGGCGAGAGUUACAGGAUGCUCGAUGUGAUGAGGAUAAUCGAGAAUAUGACAGAUAUGACUAUGAAUCAUUACUGCUUAACUCUACAUUCUGUUUAGUACCUCGGGGGAGACGUUUAGGCUCAUUCAGAGUUAUGAAUCUUUUGAAACAAAUUAGCGAUGUUCCUGAAGUAGUUCGUUCUAUAACUGAAGAACGAAUCUUCUCUUUACGCCAACAAACACAAGUGCUGUGGGAACGUUAUUUCGGUUCUAUUGAAAAAAUUGUUUUUACAACUUUCGAGAUUAUACGAGAACGUUUGCCGGAUUACCCAGAGCGAAAUAGUAUUGUUUGGAAUACAGCACCAGGUGCUUUGCUAACGCUUCCAACAUUUGGUGAUAGUUCAAGAUUUAUGCCCUUCUUAUUGGAUGAUAUGAAUUUGAGAACAAGAGACAAUUAUACAGCCGUGAUAUAUGUUCAAAUAGGUGCGCCCUUAGGUCCUAACAAUGCACUUUAUAAACUAGUCAAAACGAUAACAAAGAGUCAAUUUGUAGAUAGAAUUAUUGUUUUAUGGGCGGCUGACCGCCCGAUUCCAUCAAAAAAACGUUGGCCUCCAACUUACCAUAUACCAUUCCAUGUGAUAUCACUUGGCAGCUCAUAUCAAACAAAACCGGUUGUAGCAGCUGCUGCUGUUUCUGCUGCUAGAGGAGAUGCAGUUAAAGUAGGAAACGAUGGUGCCUUAAAUGGUCGUUCAGCUUCCCAGCACAAUAAUAAUAAUAACAAUAAUGUUAAUAAAAAUAAUAAUAAUAAUGCACAGAAUUCACCUGAUGGCGAUACGCCAAACGACAACGACGCUGAAACGACCACUGAACGUCCCAGCAUAUCCCAACGAUUUUAUCCUUAUGACGAAAUACAAACUGAUGCCGUACUUUCACUGGAUGAAGAUGCCAUAUUAAAUACGGAUGAAUUGGAUUUUGCCUAUACAGUGUGGCGUGAUUUUCCCGAUCGCAUUGUAGGGUAUCCUGCUCGUGCUCAUUUCUGGGAUGAUUCCAAGAAUGCUUGGGGUUACACAUCAAAAUGGACGAAUUACUAUUCCAUUGUUUUGACUGGCGCAGCUUUUUAUCAUCACUACUACAAUUAUUUAUACACCAAUUGGUUGUCGCUAUUACUUCUGAAGACUGUGCAGCAAUCUUCCAAUUGCGAAGACAUCCUAAUGAACUUUCUUGUAUCGCAUGUUACACGAAAGGCACCUAUUAAAGUAACACAGCGCAAAGGUUAUAAGGAUCGUGAGACUGGUCGUUCUCCCUGGAAUGACCCUGAUCAUUUUAUACAACGUCAAAGUUGUUUAAAUACAUUUGCAGCCGUUUUCGGCUAUAUGCCACUUGUACGUUCCAACAUGCGUUUAGAUCCCAUUUUAUAUCGCGAUCCUGUAUCAAAUUUGCGUAAAAAAUAUCGACAAAUCGAAUUGGUCGGCAGCUAGCGUUCCAUAAAUAAUAGUCUAUAAAUCUUCUAUAUAAAUAAUAUCCAAAUCCAAGAUACGUUAAAUAAUUGAGUAAUAAUAAGUUUAUUAAAUAAUGUUAGUUAAAAUAUUAAAUAUUUUAUUAGUUUUCUAAGCAUAAAACAAUAACAAACCAACAAAAUUAAAACACAAAUGAUAAACAAUAUAAAUAUAAAAUAAAUUAUAACAAUAUAUAAUUAAGCAAAGCGCGUCAUAAUGAAAUAAAGGUGCCGUAGUAAAUAUUAAGAGGAAACCCCUAAAAACAUGCAACAAAUAAUUAUAGAGAAAUUAAAGACAAAAAAAAACGCUUAAGAAGAGAUUCAUUAUUAAAUGCCAUAUCUUAAAAGAAUUAAAACAAACAAAUAAAUAAAUUAUUAUAAAUAAUAAACAACAACACCCAUACAAACAUAAAUAUGUAUAUGAAAAUGCAGAUAGAAAACAAAUAUUAAAAUGAUACAAUUGAUAAUUUAUUUAACAAAAACAACAUAUGCAAUACUCUAUACUACAUACACACCUUCUGUCAUCAGUUUCCCAUUAUUCGUAUUAUUGUUAUUUGUAUGUACAUAUACACAUAAGAACACAAGGUCCACAAAUGACACAAUCAAAUAUACACAGAGCCAUACAUACACACACACUAGAAUGUUCAAACAAAAAAUAAAAUAAACUUUAUCCUUUCUAUAAAAAUUUUUAAACUUCUCAUACCUUCCCACCACCUUAGAUACACUUGCCGAAAUUGCUUUAAAUACAAACAUUUAUUUACAAAAAAAUGUACGUAAGGUGAAUUAAUGGAAAAAGAUAAAUACAUUUUUUAUGAAACUAAGUGCGGAUUUUUCAAAUGAAGAAAAUUUACGUUCUAUGUUUCGUGUUUAAGCCUAUUUUAACUAAGUAGUAAACAUUAAAAUUUUCUUAAAAUAUUUAAUUGAUAUUAUUUUUAUAAAAAAAUUCAUUGUAUUGCUAAGAAGUAGAGACAUUUUCAGCUGUUGUGUUCAAACUUGUAAUCAAAAUCAAUAAAGAGGAUUAAAUUUACUUUUGGAUAAACUAAACUGAUUAUUAAUUGGCAUUUGAUCCGCAACUCAAAAACCUGCGCUAAAAUAUACGCUAAAAAUAAACCUUAAUAUAAUUUGUUUAAAAUUUAACCAUAAUUUAAAAUGUCACAAUAAAUCGAAGCAAAACAUAAAUAUUUCAUAAACAGCAACAAUAACAACAACUAAAUAUUUUCUUCAACUGUUUUUAAUAAAAUUUUCCCGUGUGUAUUGUGCAAGCUGUAUACAACUUUAGUUAAAUGUCAUCAUCAUCAGUAAAAUUUUCAUAGUUUUUUUUGUUGUUUUGCAACAAGGUUUACUUAUUUUUUUUUGGUCCACCAUCUUAAAAGAUAAAUAUGUUUAUAAAUAUAUAAAACAAAACAAUAAAAUCCAAAACUUAUUCUUCACAACUAGUAAAGUUAGCUCAAUUGGAAAAUAAUGUGUCCUUUUCUUUAUAAUUCAUCUCAUUUUUGCACGAAAUUAACAUAUAAACGGAGAAAAUAUUUAACAUUAUUUACUAUCUGAAUUUCAGAUCAUUUUAAAAGCAAAAAAUAAAUUAAUUUCUGGACUUAUGUAUGUCUUAGAACACUUUCUGAAUCGGCUGAUGAAAAAGAAAUUUUAAAGAAAUUUUAAUUUCUGAACAGUUUGUGCUUUGAUGACAGAUGAUGAUGAGAUUAGACUCAUUACAAAUUCUAGAUAAAUUUUGUGUUUUUUUCACACCCAACUCAAUUCUCAAAGGGUCUUUAAAAUCUUGUCUUAUCAACUAUAUAUAAAGUUCUUUUUCAACUAGUUAAAGUGCAAAUAAUUUAGAAAUUAUUUAGUAUAACAAAAAUUUAAGUUUCUUAUACUUAACCUGUAUAUAUACAUAUAUCCUUUAAUUACUCAUUCUCAAAUAUAUUCGUAGAACAAUUUAAAGGAAGUUGUAAGAUACUUUCAAUUAUGUGCUUAAAAUUAUGUUUUCUUUUCCAAAUAAGUUAUGAAAUUCCUUGAACUUAUUCCAUAAUAAAUUACAAAAUGAAAAUUUUAAUAUUAUGUACCAAAAAUUUAAUAAUAAAAUAUGUUUACUGUAAUACUAUUUGCACCCUUUUCCAUUAAGUUAAAUACCUGGAACAUUUAUGUAAUGCUUUAUUAUGUCUACAUAUGUUUGGAUCUGUGUAUGUAUGAUUUUUUUAUUUGUUAGUCUCUAUUGUAAAUAUAUUUACUUAAAAAAUAGUAAGAAAUAAAUGUAUAAUUUUAUUUUAUAAAAAAAAUAUUGUUACAUAAGAUUAUAUACAAUGUGCUAUUAUAAUAUUACGAAUAUAAGAAAAAACAAAAGCAUAAGCAGACUUUUAUAUUUAAAUGUUAUAAUUUUUAUUACUUUUAUGGUAAAUUCUUGGGCAAUGUAUCAUGGAAUUAGUGAUAUAUUCCUGCACCCUGUUUUGUUGUAUUGCAACCAAAAUCAAAACGUUAGACAUUGUUAAGAAUAAAACAAUAAUUUUUAACAUUUUGUAUUCUGCCUAAAUACAAACAGGGCUUAUAAAUACAUAUUUUACAAUUAUAAACAAAUGUAUGCAAUUUUUUUUAUUUUUCUAAAAACACAAUACACUAAUUAUCUAUACAUAAAAAUGUAUAAAUGUAAUAAAUAUGCAGUCUGAGUUGCCAUUUAAUGCUUUAAAAGCAGAUUUUCCUAAUAUAAUAAAAUAAUAAUAAAAAAAGAAAACAAUAUAAACAAAAAAAAGCAAUCAACAACACUUACGCGUACAUAUUAAAGUUUAUACAUACAUAUAUACAUAGUUAAUAAUUUUACCGUAAAACUUCCUGUACAUGUGUAAAUUUAAUUAUUUAAUUAUUAUUUGAUUUAUACAACAUGUUUAAUGUAUGUCGUAUGUAGACUUUUUUUUUGGAAAAUACAUAAACAAAGAACAUGUCUGCGGACAUUUUUUAAAUAAAUAAUUUCAUUGUUUUGUUUUAUUAAUA